AUGUCCGAGUUCGGCCCCGCGCCGCCCCCGCCCCCCCAGCCCGGGGCCGCCCCCGCCGCGUCCCCCUCGGCCGGGCCCGCGGCAGGCCCGGGAGGCGGCGGCGGAGGCGGCGGCGGCGGCGGCGGCGGCGGCGGGACGGGGCGGAAAGACGCGUUCGCCGACGCGGUGCAGCGAGCGCGGCAGAUCGCGGCCAAAAUCGGGGGGGACGCGGCGCCGCCGGUGCCCAACAACAACGCCCCCCCCCCCGAUUUCGGGGGUUUCGGGGGGCAGAAACGGCAGCUGGAGGAUGGAGAUCAGCCCGAGAGCAAGAAACUGGCGGCACAGGGGGAAGUCAUCGGCCGGGGGGGCGAGCAGAUCAACAAGAUCCAGCAGGACUCGGGGUGCAAGGUGCAGAUCUCCCCAGACAGCGGCGGCCUCCCGGAGCGCAGCGUGUCCCUGACCGGCUCCCCCGAGGCCGAGCGGGCGGGGGUGAAGAUGAUCCUGAUCCAGGACGGUUCCCAAAACACCAACGUGGACAAACCCCUGCGGAUCAUCGGGGAGCCCUACAAGGUGCAGCAAGCGUGUGAGAUGGUGCUGGACAUCCUGCGGGAGCGCGACCAGGGCGGCUUCAGCGACCGCGCCGACUACGGAGCGCGCCUGGGCGGGGGCAUCGACGUGCCGGUGCCGCGGCACUCGGUCGGGGUGGUGAUCGGCCGCAGCGGGGAGAUGAUCAAGAAGAUCCAGAACGACGCCGGGGUGCGCAUCCAGUUCAAGCAAGACGACGGGACGGGGCCGGAGAAGAUCGCGCACAUCAUGGGACCCCCGGAGCGCUGCGAGCACGCGGCGCGCAUCAUCAACGAGCUGCUGCAGAGCCUGCGGAGCGGCCCCCCGGGACCCCCGGGGCCGGGGCUGCCCCCGGGGGGGCGCGGCCGGGGCCGGGCCCAGGGCUCCUGGGGCCCCCCCGGCGGGGAGAUGACCUUCUCCAUCCCCACCCACAAGUGCGGGCUGGUCAUCGGCAGAGGGGGGGAGAACGUCAAGGCCAUCAACCAGCAGACCGGCGCCUUCGUGGAGAUCUCGCGGCAGCUGCCGCCCAACGGGGACCCCAACUUCAAACUCUUCGUCAUCCGCGGCACCCCCCAGCAGAUCGAGCACGCCAAGCAGCUCAUCGAGGAGAAGAUCGAGGGCCCGCUGUGCCCCGUCGGCCCCGGGCCCGGCCCCGGGGGUCCCCCCGGCCCCGCCGGUCCCAUGGGACCCUUCAACCCCGGCCCCUUCAACCAGGGCCCCCCCGGGGCGCCCCCGCACCCGGGGGGGCCGCCCCCGCACCAGUACCCCCCCCAGGGCUGGGGGAACGCGUACCCCCAGUGGCAGCCGCCCGCCCCCCACGACCCCAGCAAGGCGCCGGCCCCGGACCCCAACGCGGCCUGGGCCGCCUACUACUCGCACUACUACCAGCAGCCCCCCGGGCCCGCGCCCCCCCAGCCCCCCCCGGCCGCGCCCCCCGUCCAGGGGGAGCCCCCCCAGCCCCCCCCCGCCGGCCAGGCCGACUACACCAAGGCCUGGGAGGAGUACUACAAGAAACUGGGCCAGCAGCCGCAGCAGCCGGGGGCGCCCCCGCAGCAGGAUUACACCAAGGCCUGGGAGGAGUAUUACAAAAAACAAGCCGCCCAGGUGGCCUCGGGGGGGGGUCCCGGGGCGCCCCCCGGCCCCCAGCCCGACUACAGCGCGGCCUGGGCCGAGUACUACCGGCAGCAGGCGGCGUACUACGGGCAGAGCCCCGGGAGCGCGGGGCCCGCGGGGCCGCCGCCCGCCGGCCAGCAGGGACAGCAGGCUCAGUGACCCCUCCCCCACUCCGACCCCUCCCCUCCCCCCUUUUUGUUUUGGGCGAGCGGCCGGCCGGGCCCGGGGACCCCCAAA